UGAUGGCAGAGUUCUGUUCUGGGAAAGAGAUGACCUCUGCUAGUGCAGCAGGGAGAUCCCCAAGGCCGGUUCUGGAAGACAGAACAGAAUCUGACCCCAUGUCUGCUUCUGCUGGGGUCACCAUGUCUGUGAGCAGCGCCGAUGCGGCCACACCUCUGACCCAGGAGAUCCUCAGCCACCUGGGCCUGGCCACCAAGACUGCUGCGUGGGGGACCCUGGGGACCCUCAGGACCUUCCUGAGCUUCAGCGUGGACAAGGACGUGCAGAGGCUACUGAAAGCCAUCACCGGCCAAGGUGUGGACUGCCAUGCCAUCGUGGACGUGCUGACCAACAGGAGCAGAGAGCAGAGGCUGCUCAUUUCCCGAGCCUUCCAGGAGCGCACCCAACAGGAGCUGCUGACGGCUCUGCAGGCGGCGCUGUCGGGGCCCCUGGAGAAGCUGGUGGUGGCGCUGCUGCAGCCUGAGGCCAAGCUGGAUGCCCAGGAACUGAGGACGACCCUGAAGGACUCGGGCUCUGCCAAGGAUGUGGCUAUAGAAAUUCUUGCCACCCGAAACCCAGCACAGCUGCAGGAAUGCCUGGCUGUCUACAGACACGAUUUCCAGGCUGAGGCCGAGGAGGACAUCAGGUCUGAAACCACUGGCGUCUUGAGGGACUUGCUACUCACUCUGGCCAAGGGUGGCCGGGACAGCUGCUCGGGCAUCAUCGACUAUAACCUGAUGGCACAGGACACCCAGGCGCUCAGGCAGGCAGAGGGAGGCGACAUGGGGGCAACGUGGGUCCCCAUCUUCACGCAGCGAAGCAUGGAGCACCUUGUCCGAGUGUUUGACCAAUACCAGCAGCAUGCAGGGCACGCGGUGGAGCGAACCAUCCAGGACCGUUUCCAGGGUGCUGCACAGGCGGCGUUGCUGAGCCUCGCCUCGGCCAUCAGGAACACGCCACUCUACUUUGCAGAAAAACUUCAUGAGGCUCUGCAGGAACCCGAGCCCAAGUUCCAGGUACUCACCCGCAUUCUGGUGUCCAGGAGCGAGACUGACCUUCUCAGCAUCAGGGCUGAGUUCAAAAGGAGAUUCGGCAAGUCUCUGUACGCCUCCCUCCAGGACGCUGUGACAGGGGACUGCCGGGCAGCGCUGCUCGGCCUGUGCAGGGCGGAAGACAUGUGAGGCACCUGUCUGCUUCUCCGAGCUGCAGGAGCCAGGCUGGGGCCCACUGGAGAGCCCCUGAGGACCACCUUGCACCUCUGCCCCCCACUGGCUCUGGCCCUGGGGGUCUUGUGGUUUCUACCCUGUCCUUCCUCCCCGCUCUCUGGCCACAAUAUCUCACUGAUUCCUGAAUGACUCUGGCCGCUGUCUCUGACCUUGGGGUGGGGCAGGAAGCUUCAGAGACCUUUGAUGUGUGCCUGCCAGCCUGGCCCACAGGAAGCCCUGGCACAGCCCCAGGAGCAGCGCUUUCUCCCACAGCCUCUCUCGGGCCCUCAUUAUUUUCUCUUCCCCAGGAAAUAGUGAGAAACAGGUUGCAAAGCACUCCCUGUAGGGUGUGGGGCUGGGGAAUGAGAUGAUCAAGCCAUGCACACCCCCCAGAUGCCUCAUUCCAAAGAGGUUUAGUUUUUGUUUGGAUUUGUGCCACACCUGGCGGUGCCCAGGGCUUACUCCUGGCUUUGUGCUCAGGGAUCACUCCUGGUGGGCUCAAGGGAUCAUAUGGGGUGCUGGGGAACAAACCCAGGUCGGCCAUAAAAGGCAAACGCCCUACCCACCAUACUGGGGUUUGGAAACCCAUUUGUCAGGUUAGUCUGUGUUUUCUGGGAAAGAUCUAGGAAA